AUGUAUCAGGAGUGGACGAGGAUUCCGGUCCAUGUGCCCCUUGUCCAGGUUUCCUCCGAACUGGUGGACCGGGACAGCAGUUAUGGAGGUGGUGGGAAGAAGGCGGGAGAGCUCUGGAGAAGUGGAAAGCUGAAGCAGCAGGAAUGGAAGCAUGAAGACGAUGAGCUGAACGAAGCGGAGAUGUCGUCAAUGUCAAUGUGGGAGGAAGGAAAGGAAAAGCAGGAGCUGGCGCAGGCGCAGCUUUUGCCAGCGUCCUGA